AUGGGACGGGGCUACAUCGAGGGGCCCUACACCAUCGACCAGAAGCCGGGCGCCACACACGACGCGAAGUAUCCUCUUACUUCGCUCAGGCGCACGUUCCUCGUACUCCACACAGGGUACCUCUACCUCACGGUGGACCCUUGGCCUGAGCUUGUCAACAUCCUGGUCUACAACGAGGCCAUUGACGAUACCAUCCAAGUACCCAUGAGCACGACGAGCGACAUGACCGCUGGCACCAUGAAAGAAGUGCUGCAGAAGGUGAUCAGCGACAAGGUCUACGAUUACCCAGAGAAAUACCUCGAGCAGCUGGUCAUUUACGACUACACGCUUGAGGGCCCCAGGCUGUACUCGACGGACAAGCUGCACUACAACCCUUUCGAGAACACGGACAUUCAAUACUUCCUCAG